AUGCACAACCUCGUAUGCGCCGCUUUGCUCUUCUUCCUCCUCCUCCUCUCGUCGUCCAAGCCGGCGAUCUCUUCCCCCUCCGGCGGCCAUCGCUACAAGUCCAUCUUCAGCUUCGGCGACUCCUUCACCGACACGGGCAAUAACCCCGUCGUCUUCGGAUGGUACAACGUGUUCAACCACGUCAUGCGGCCUCCGUACGGCACCACCUUCUUCGGCCGCCACACCGGCCGCAACGGGGACGGGCGGCUCAUCAUCGACUUCAUCGCUGAAAACCUGGGCCUGCCGUAUGUGCCGCCCACCCUGGUUCACAACGGCAGCUUCCGCCGAGGUGCCAACUUCGCCGUGGGAGCCGCCACGGCCCUUGACGCCGGUUUCUUCCAUGAGAGAGACAUCCCCGGUGGCUCCAGCAAGUUCCCAUUCAACACCAGCCUAGGGGUGCAGCUGGAGUGGUUCGAGUCCAUGAAGCCCUCCUUGUGCCGCACAGCCCGAGUUUACAUCUGCAUCUAUCAUGCAUUAGACCACAAGUCAACGCUUGAUGAGAACACAAAUGAUAUGCAUCUUGCAUUGCAUCCAGAGUGCAAGAAAUUUUUCGGCAGAUCCCUCUUCUUGGUGGGCGAGUUCGGAGUCAACGACUAUCACCUCUCGUUCCAACGGAAAACGGUGCAGGAAGUGCGGUCUUUCGUUCCAGAUAUCGUCGCCACCAUCUCCACCGCCAUCGAGAGGCUGAUCAAGCACGGAGCGAGAAGCCUGGUGGUUCCCGGCGUGAUCCCGUCGGGAUGCUCGCCGCCCAUCCUGACCAAGUUCGCCGACGCACCACGGGCAGCAUACGACUCCAAAACCGGCUGCCUGACAGCACACAACGAGCUGGGGCUGUACCACAACGCGCUGCUGCAGGCGGCGCUGUCCAGGCUUCGGGCCAACCACCGCAACGUCAAGAUCAUCUACGCCGAUUUCUUCGGCCCAAUCAUGGAGAUGGUGGAAUCGCCGCACAAGUUCGGUUUUGAAGAGGACGUACUUAUGGUGUGCUGUGGAGGGCCUGGAAGGUACCGAUUCACCUCCACGUUUAGAUGCGGCGAUGCAGCCGCGACGACGUGCCCGGAUCCGUCUGCUCGGCUGUACUGGGACGGCGCCCACCUGACGGAGGCGGCUAACCGGCACGUUGCCGAUGUCUGGCUGGGCGAGAUCAACUCGUCCACAGGAGUCAGCCGAAAGCAGCAGGGUGCAGAGGGCCAUGUCGACUAG